CUCCUACAACGCCCACCAUCUCUCAUCACAUAAUAAACUAACACAGUCCGACAGAAGACAAGACAAGACAGAACAGAUUUCUUUCUAUGACUGAUGAUGAAGGAAAGGAAGAUGGCACAACACACAUCUAUACUGAUACUGAUGCUUCUUCUGUAUUCACUCUCUGCCAACUCAUCCUUUCAGCCAGCCCUGGUGUUAGAAAUGGCAAAGAUCCUGCUGGAAAACUACUGCUUCCCUGAGAACCUGGUUGGGAUGCAGGAGGCUAUCCAACAAGCCAUUAAUAGUGGUGAAAUCCUGCAGAUUUCCGACAAGAAGACCCUAGCAACUGUGCUCACAGUAGGAGUUCAAGGGGCACUAAACGAUCCAAGACUGACAGUAUCGUACGAGCCGAAUUUUGUCCCAGUGAUGACACCUGUGUUGCCAUCUCUCCCUAAAGAGCAGCUGACCCGGCUGGUGAGGAACUCUGUGAAGGUGGAUAUUCUGGAGAAUAACACAGGCUAUUUGCGUAUAGAUCGGAUCAUUGGAGAGGAGACAGCAGCAAAGCUGGGUUCACUGCUGAAAGACAACAUCUGGGACAGAGUCGCUCACACAUCCUCGCUGAUUUUUGACCUGAGGUACAGCACAGCUGGAGACCUGUCUGGAGUUCCCUUUAUAAUUUCUUUUUUCUCUGAACCUGAGCCACUCAUUCAUAUUGACACUGUGUAUGAUAGGCCCUCGAACACAACCAGGGAACUAUGGACGAUGCCAACAAUGAUGGGAGAAAGGUAUGGAAAGAAGAAGGACCUGAUUAUUUUGACCAGUAAGCGUACCCAGGGGGCUGCUGAGGCAGUAGCAUACACUUUAAAACAUUUACAGAGAGCUAUCAUUGUUGGAGAGAGGACUUCUGGUGGGUCAAUAAAAGUAAAGAAGAUUAGGAUAGCUCGGUCAGAUUUCUAUAUUACAGUUCCGGUGGCAAGAUCUGUCAGUCCAAUCACAGGUCAGAGUUGGGAAGUGAGCGGGGUAUCUCCAACAGUCAAUAUUUUAGCCAAGGAAGCUGUAGGGAAAGCCAAAUCCAUUCUGGCUGUAAGGAGUACUUUUCCCAAAGUUGUGCAGAGUAUCUCCAAUAUAAUUGGAAGGCUCUAUGCUUUCAUGGACAGGGACCCAGCUAUUCUUGAAAUGCUACAUUCGACAGACCUAUUCUCUGUUGUGUCAGAGGAAGACCUUGCAGUCAGACUGAACCAGAACCUCCAAACUGUGUCUGAAGAUCCCCGACUGAUCGUAAAAAACAUGCAAGACAGCAGUGCUGCAGAGGAGGACACUGGGCUUAUUAAUGUUCCAGAUGGUCCCGAAAGAUUAAAUGAAAUGUUCGAUGCAAGGUUCAAAGUUGAAAUACUUCCAGGUAAUACUGGUUAUCUCCGUUUUGACAAGUUCUUUAAUACAUCCAUGGUGGAGAAAGUGGAAGAGUUCAUGGUUGAAAAAGUGUGGAAGCCCCUGAAAGACACUAACAUCCUAAUUAUUGACCUGCGCUAUAACACCGGUGGAUCUUCUAAUUCUCUGGCCCUUAUACUGUCCUAUUUGCAUGACAUCUCCCAGAGGCAUCAUUUUUUCACAAUAUAUGACAGAAUCCAGAACACAUCAACAAACUAUGACUCUCUGCCCCAAAUUAUAGGACCUACCUAUGGGUCCAAGCGUGGCAUUUAUGUUUUGACCAGUUACUCUACAGCAAGCGUAGGAGAAGAGUUUGCUUACCUGAUGCAAUCUUUACAUCGUGGUACAGUCAUUGGAGAAAUUACAUCUGGUAACCUGAUGCACUCCAAAACAUUUCAAAUAGAGGGAACAGAUAUUACCAUAACUGUCCCUUUUAUAAAUUUUAUAGACAACAAUGGGGAGUACUGGCUGGGAGGUGGUGUAGUCCCUGAUGCCAUAGUUCUAGCUGAGGAAGCUUUAGACCAUGUUCAUGAAAUUGCAGCCUUUCACAGAGAACUCACACCCCUCAUAGAGGGUACAGGAGAACUGUUGGAAAAAUACUACGCAAUCCCUGAAAUUGCUCUUAAAGUUAGUAACAUCCUGUUGAGAAAAUAUGCUGAGGGAUUGUACCGAUCAGUGGUUGACUUUGAAUCUUUAGCAUCCCACUUGACAGCAGAUCUUCAAGAGACUUCAGGUGACCACCGCCUCCAUGUCUUCUAUUGUGAUGUUGAGCCUGAAUCACCCCAUGAAGUCCCAAAGAUCCCUACGGCAGAAGAAGUAGGAUAUAUAAUUGAUGCUUUGUUCAAAACUGAGCUCCUGCCAGGUAAUGUAGGCUAUCUAAGAUUUGACAUGAUGGCAGAUAUAGAAGUGGUAAAGGCAACCGGGCCUCAACUGGUAAAAUUUGUGUGGAGCAAGAUUGUGAACACAGAUGCCCUCAUAAUUGACAUGAGGUACAACACUGGUGGUUAUUCAACAGCCAUUCCUCUCCUGUGCAGCUAUUUCUUUGAUGUUGAACCUUUGGUUCAUCUAUAUACUGUGUUUGAUCGCACCACAACUACCAUGACAGAGGUCAUGACAGUACCUCAGGUCAGAGGUCAAAGGUAUGGAUCCUCAAAGGAUGUCUACAUCCUCACCAGUCAUAUAACAGGUUCAGCAGCUGAAGUCUUCACUCGCACAUUGAAAGAUCUUAACAGGGCAACAAUCAUUGGGGAACCAACCAUCGGAGGCUCUCUGUCGAGUGCAACUUAUCAGAUUAGAGAUAGCGUCUUGUACGCUUCCAUCCCUAAUCAGGUUGUUUUGAGUGCCAUCACUGGAAAAGUGUGGAGUGUUUCAGGGGUUGAGCCUCAUGUUAUUGCCAGGGCAAGUGAUGCUGUUUCUGUAGCACAAAGAAUCAUAGCAGCACGACGGCUGAAAGAGAAAGGAAAAUAGUUUGGCAUACGGUGUUUAUAUCUCCUCCCUUUUCAUAUGUUCGGAUAACUCAAGCAACAGUAUAUAAUUUCUUUGUUUUUAACCAGAAAUGUAAGAUGAAAUGUACUGAUUGAGUUUUGUGAACUUCCAUUUGAAGAAAAACAUCUUUCUCCACACAUUAAACCAGUGAGCAGGUCAUCAUGCAGUACAGGGCUGAGGAAUUUAAUGUUUUAGUUUCAGCUUAGAGGUUUAGUGCCACAUGGCAGUGUUUCAGAGGCUUUGCUCAGAGAGUAGCAACUGUAAUUUUGAGUGUGCAUAAUGUACAGUACAGGGAAUAAAAGCACAGAUUAAUGCACUAUAAAUCAGUUUUGCUUUACAUUAAUCACACUACCCUUUAUAUAAUAACCUCAUGAUCCCUGUAUAUUUUAAUUUAUAUUAUACUGUGUCGCACUUGGGAGUAUUAUUUUCUGUGGUAUUUCCUUUAAUUGUAAAACAUGUAUUAUAAGAUGAAUAUUGUGUUGAUCCAUAUUUAUCAUGUUACAUAAUUUGCUGUCUUAUUAUUUGACUGUUUUUGGUUAUUUACAACAACAAUGACAUCCCUGGUACUUUUUAGAGAAUGGUUUGCCUCCUUACCUCAUCUUUGCUCUUUAGCAACAAGACUUACCAGCAGAGGGAGCUAGUAUCAAACAAAGCAUGACUAACUGCAUCAGACUGGACAGUCACCACCAACUGCAAUUUACAUGUGUGACUUCUAUGAAACAAUAAAGGAUUGAUAAGUUUGGA